AUGGCUCGAACAUACAAUAUCGCUAUGGCUAGCGACUUCUUCUUCCCACAGCCAGGAGGAGUCGAAAGUCACAUUUACCAGCUAUCCACGAAGCUCAUCGAUCGAGGCCACAAAGUCAUUAUCAUUACCCACGCUUAUAAGGGUCGCACCGGUAUUCGAAACCUGACAAACGGCCUGCGAGUCUACCACAUCCCCUUCCUCGUCGUAUUCCGAUCGGCUAGUUUCCCAACCGUCUUUUCAGCCUUUCCCAUCAUUCGCAACAUCCUCAUUCGAGAACAGAUCGAAAUCGUCCACGGCCAUGCGAGUUUGAGCACCUUUUGCCAUGAAGCUAUUCUGCAUGCGAGGACCAUGGGUCUCCGGACCGUCUUUACGGACCAUUCGCUUUUUGGAUUCGCCGAUGCUAGCAGUAUCUUGACAAACAAGAUUCUCAAGUUUUCCCUGAGUGACGUGGACCACGUUAUUUGUGUCAGCCAUACCUGGUACGUCGCGCCGCGCCCUAGCCCUCGGACAGGCAUAACUGACUGGAAUUGUAGCAAGGAAAAUACCGUCCUCCGAGCAUCUCUAGAUCCCCUCAUGGUUUCAGUCAUACCCAACGCCGUCGUGUCUGAGAACUUCCGUCCACUCGAUUAUCCCCCAACCGACGCCAAUAAUGCAUUUGGCCAAAAUCCACCUCCCGCACAUCACCUGGGACCGAACGAUGUAGUCACAAUCGUCGUGAUAUCUCGUCUCUUCUAUAAUAAGGGAACGGAUCUCCUAACGGCUGCGAUCCCUCGCAUCCUCGAGAACCACCCGAACACGAGGUUCAUCAUUGCAGGCUCAGGACCCAAGGCCAUUGACCUCGAACAAAUGAUUGAACAAAACGUCUUACAAGAUCGGGUAGAAAUGCUGGGACCUAUCAGGCAUGAAGAAGUACGCGACGUCAUGGUUCGGGGCCAUAUUUACCUCCAUCCUAGUUUGACGGAAGCCUUUGGUACUGUGAUUGUAGAAGCAGCCAGUUGCGGGCUGUACGUGGUAUGCACUCAGGUUGGUGGUAUUCCUGAGGUCCUCCCGUCGCACAUGACUGUCUUCGCCAAGCCAGAGGAAGACGACCUGGUUGCUGCGACGGGGAGGGCUAUUGCUGCACUACGAGCAAACAAGAUUCGAACGGAACGUUUCCAUGAGCAGGUCCAGAAGAUGUACUCAUGGACAAAUGUUGCUGAACGCACCGAGCGCGUGUACCAAGGAAUCACGGGCGAGCUCAGCGAAGCCGAAUUCUAUGGCUAUGACGCUGCCAAUUCCUCGACAUUCGGCAAUAGUAGAGUGCGGUCUUUCGCCCUCAUCGACCGACUCAAGCGAUACUACGGCUGUGGUAUCUGGGCUGGCAAGCUCUUUUGCCUCUGUGUCAUUGUUGACUACUUGCUAUACCUGUUCUUGGAACUGUGGUUCCCGCGAGAGGAAAUCGACAUUUGCCCCGAAUGGCCGCGUAAAGUUCCUCAAGAUGCGGAAGACUCUAAGGAAGACUGA